AGAUUCUAAGACAUUCUAUAGAUGAUAAUGAUGAUUUCAAAUUUUUACUCUAUCUAUCUUUUUCCUACUACUAAUAUAUAUUUAUAUUUUCUAUUAUUAUAUUCUAUUAUUAUUAUUAAUCUUUUAUAUUACAAGAUUUUUUUUCUUAUUUGUAAUUUUAUAUUGAAAUUAAGUUCAUCUUUAACUAUUUCUAAUGUUGUAAUCUUAUUCUGAAUCAAGUCGAUAAUGUUGAAAAUGAUACUAAAAUUAUAAAAGAGGUCCUAGUGUUCUUGAAGCAUGGGACAAAAAAUACAUUGAACGUUAAAAUCUAUUUUAUAGUUCAUCUGUGCUUGUUAAACAGUAAGGUCAUCAUUUUAUCAGCUGAAGUAUUCAUUACGAUACGUUAGCUUAUUUGUGAUCGUGAUUCAGCAAAACGAUAAGUACAUUUUAUAAUUAUACGAGAAUUCUUACGGUGCAACAUUUUAGAAGCACUUGUCGUUCCGUGUAGUCGAGAAAUCUUCGAAGAUGACUAAAGCAGUGUGCGUUCUUCAGGGUGAAGUCAAAGGCACUAUUUUUUUCGAACAACCGGAAAGUACUAAUUCUGUGAAGGUCACGGGUCAGGUAACCGGUAAAAAAGGAUUGCAUGGUUUUCAUGUUCAUGAAUUCGGUGAUAAUACCAAUGGUAUGUAUUUCCAAUUAAAUAUUAUUAUUUUUUUUAAUUAUUGUUAAACAUUAUAAAAAAAG